AUGGAUGAAAAUAAAUUGGAUUCAGCUGACCCUUCGCUUCUUAAUCGAUUCGAAAAACAGAAAAUGUCAAUUAACGACGCUCUUAAUAAUAUACAAAAAUCACUAGUAGGAAAUUUAAGUGAUUGGGUAAGACGAAUGUCAACUUUAAUUAGAGCUAAUCCGAAGUCUCCAUCAUGCAAUAAUGAAUUUACGCAGAAGGAUCUAUUUAUCGGUUUCAAUAAAGAUGAGACUUUACAAAGUUUGGUUAUUAACUUCACAAAGAGUAAUUCUGAAGUUAAAAAUGAAGAAAUUAUAGAACGGUGUAAAGAAUGUUUAAUAGCAAUAGCAUCUUCUGAUGGAAUUGUUAGAGCUGAACAAUCAACGUUAAAACCAGAUGAAAUCGAACGAGUGAAAGAAAUUUAUUUUCAACAGAAACAUGAUAACCUUUACGAAUAUUUUGAUGAUUUAUUA